GUCCGCGCUCCUCCUGGCUAUAAUCUAGGCUGGGGAGGUGUGAACGGAAGCUCAAUAGGCUCAACGGCACAGCUCAGUCAGAACAGCUCGUUCUGGAGAGCUUCAUCGGGAAGUGCAGCAGUUCCGCCCGGUCAACAACAAUACAAGUACUCCGCUGCCGAUAAGUAUCCUAUGCAGUACUUUGAUAGCUGA